AUGGAAAUUAUUACGAUGACAUAUUAUACUGUUGAACUCAAGAUUUUACAAAAUUUAGAAAAAAGUAAUAUAAUACACCGGUCCAAAUCAAAUUCAGGGUUAUGGUUAGGAUUAUUAAUGGGCACUUGUGCUCUAAUAACGUUUAUGAAGGAAGAUAGUAGUUAUUCGGAAAUAUGUUUACUUACUGGACUGACAGGAUUAGGAUUGAUUAUGAGCUGUAUUUGUUUAAUAUUACAACUUUAUAUAGAUACAUCUAGUAAAGAUUUUCAGCUAUUGUAUUUUCUACCAGCCAGUAUAACAUCAAUGUUGUAUUUACUUUGGGCAAAUAAAGAUUUAUUAGUAAGUGUAAUCUGGGGUUUAGGAGUUGGAACUUUAAGUACUUGGGGAGUAUUACAACUGAUGACUUAUUUACCGGGAUGCUUUACAUUAGGUGAAUGUAUUGUGGUAAUGCAUGGAGUUAUACUAUUUCUCUUAUCGAGUGGAGCAAAUUUGUCUUUACGAUAUCAUUUACCUCCUUUGCAUGAUGAUGACAUCGCUACGACAAUUUUACAGGUGGGCAUUCUUUACAUUGGAUUAUUAUCUUUACUUUGUGUCUUUUAUCCUAAAUUACGAUCUGCAAAGUUAUUUUAUUCAAUAACUUUUGGACUGUUGAUACUGGUGGUAAUACCUGUGUUACACAUUUUAUUGGAUCAAAGUCCAUUAUUAUGGAUGUUGUUUUUUGUGUUCGGAAAUUUUAGGAAAAUAUUUCUGAUUAUGUAUUGGAUUGUAUGUCUGUUGAUUGGCAUUAUUAUUAUAACUCAUCAAAUAUUAUCUGAAUCAUCAGCAAGUACGAUAGAACGAAAAACUUUUCAUAUUUUAGCAGUGUUAGUCUACACCCCAGGAUUAAUAUGGGAACCAACAUUACUUUAUUUUGCAAGUGGAAUUGUUAUGAUUUUAUUCAUGAUGUUUGAGCUAAUGCGACUGAUAAACUUACCGCCACUGAAUAAAGUUUUAAAACUUGGAUUUUCAGCAUUUGUAGAUGAAAAAGAUUCAUUAAUUUCAUUAACGCCAUUAUAUCUUCAUGUUGGCUUAUCAUUUCCUUUAUGGAUGCCAUCAAGUAAUAUUGGUUUGUUACCUUUAAUUAGUGGAGUCACCGUAUUAGGAAUAGGCGAUUCAGCAGCUAGUUUUAUUGGCAGUAAAUAUGGAAAACUUAAAUGGCCAAAAACAUCAAAAACAGUAGAAGGUACUAUCGCUUGUAUUCUAGGUCAGCUAUUAUUCAUUUAUGGAUUAGCAAUAAUAGGUAAGUUAUAG